ACCCAGCUGCGGUCGUCGGGUUUGUGGCUGGAAGCGAAUCCCUGACACUUCUCUCCUUCCUGUGUGAAUGGGGCCAAUUGUCGGGCGCCUCUUCCCCGAGCUGCCCCACGCCAUGCCCAGCGCCCUGCCCAGCAGCUGCCUUUCCUCUGCCGCGGGACUGAACUAGCCAUGCUUGCCUCAUGUGGAGGGCAAAGUUGCGCCGGGGAACUUGUGAGCCUGCGGUGAAAGCUCCGCCUCCUGUCUGUCACAGUCCUAGCAGUCCCAUCCAGAUUCUAGAAGACCCCGACUGGUUUUUCUCAGACCUUCAGCUCUAUUCUGGGAGGAACGAAGCAUCUGCUUUGACUGUGGAGGCAAACAGUAACAUCAGGGAAAAAGUUGUUGAGGAUCCUCUUUGUAACUUCCUCUCCCCGAACUUCCUGAGGAUCUCAGAGGUGGAAAUGAGAGGUUCCGAGGAUGCGGCAGCUGGAACAGUAUUACAGCGGCUGAUCCAGGAACAACUGCGAUAUGGCACCCCAACUGAGAACAUGAACUUGCUGGCCAUUCAGCACCAGGCCACAGGGAGUGCAGGACCAGCCCACCCUACAAACAACUUUUCUUCCACGGAAAAUCUCACUCAAGAAGACCCACAAAUGGUCUACCAGUCAGCACGCCAGGAACCGCAGGGUCAAGAACACCAGGUGGACAACACGGUGAUGGAGAAGCAGGUCCGCUCCACACAGCCACAGCAGAACAAUGAGGAGCUGCCCACUUACGAGGAGGCCAAGGCCCAGUCACAGUUUUUCAGAGGGCAGCAGCAGCAGCAGCAACAGCAGCAGCAGCAGCAGCAGCAGGGGCCCACAGGCCACAGUUACUACAUGGCUGGGGGCACCAGUCAGAAGUCUCGCACUGAGGGAAGGGCUACAGUGAGCCGUGCCAACAGUGGACAGGCGCAUAAGGAUGAGGCGCUGAAAGAACUGAAGCAGGGCCAUGUCCGCUCCCUCAGUGAAAGGAUCAUGCAGCUGUCAUUGGAGAGAAAUGGUGCUAAGCAACACCUCCCUGGCUCAGGGACUGGAAAGGGGUUCAAAGCAGGAGGGGGACCCUCGCCAGCCCAGCCUGCUGGGAAAGUCCUGGACCCUCGAGGUCCUCCGCCUGAGUACCCCUUCAAGACCAAGCAAAUGAUGUCCCCAGCCAGCAAGAACCAGGAUCAUGGUCUUUUCUACAGUGACCAGCACCCUGGGAUGCUCCAUGAUAUGGUCAAGCCUUACCCUGCCCCUCAGCCUGCGAGAACAGAAGUGGCCGUCCUGAGGUACCAGCCACCACCAGAGUACGGCGUCACCAGCCGCCCAUGCCAACUUCCAUUCCCGUCAACAGUGCAGCAGCACAGCCCCAUGUCCUCACAGACCUCCUCCAUCAGCGGGCCACUGCACUCUGUCUCCUUGCCACUUCCACUUCCGAUGACCCUGGCGACUCAACAGCUCCCUCCAGCGGCCUCCCCUAGCCAGCAGCUUGGUCCGGAUGCCUUUGCAAUUGUGGAGCGAGCCCAGCAAAUGGUGGAGAUACUAACAGAGGAGAACCGGGCGCUUCAUCAGGAACUGCAGGGCUACUAUGACAAUGCCGACAAGCUUCACAAGUUUGAAAAAGAACUUCAGAGAAUUUCAGAAGCUUAUGAGAGUCUGGUCAAGUCCACCACCAAGCGAGAGUCACUGGACAAGGCAAUGCGAAACAAACUAGAAGGGGAGAUCAGACGACUUCACGAUUUCAACAGAGACCUCCGAGAUCGACUAGAGACAGCCAACAGACAGCUGUGCAGCAGAGAAUACCAGGGGCAUGAAGACGAAGCUGCAGAAGGUCAUUAUGCUUCCCAGAACAAAGAAUUCUUGAAGGAAAAGGAGAAGUUAGAAAUGGAGUUAUCAGCAGUGCGGACUGCGAGUGAGGACCAUCGAAGACACAUUGAGAUCCUGGACCAAGCUUUGAGCAACGCCCAGGCCAAAGUCAUCAAGCUGGAAGAGGAGCUGCGAGAGAAGCAAGCAUACGUGGAGAAAGUUGAGAAGCUGCAGCAGGCCCUGACACAGCUACAAUCUGCAUGUGAAAAGCGAGAGCAGAUGGAACGCAGGCUGCGGACCUGGCUGGAGAGAGAGCUGGAUGCGCUGAGAACCCAGCAGAAACAUGGAAACGGCCAUCAAGCUGGCAUGCCAGAAUACAAUGCUCCAGCCCUCAUGGAACUUGUUCGGGAAAAGGAAGAGAGGAUCCUAGCCCUGGAGGCUGACAUGACCAAGUGGGAACAGAAGUACCUGGAGGAGAGCACCAUCCGACACUUCGCCAUGAAUGCUGCAGCCACUGCUGCAGCUGAGAGGGACACCACAAUCAUCAACCAUUCGAGGAAUGGCAGCUACGGGGAGAGCUCGCUGGAGGCCCACAUCUGGCAGGAGGAGGAGGAGGUGGUGCAGGCCAACAGGAGGUGUCAGGACAUGGAGUACACUAUUAAAAAUCUACAUGCCAAGAUCAUAGAGAAGGAUGCCAUGAUUAAGGUGCUUCAGCAGCGAUCCCGUAAAGAUGCCGGGAAGACAGACUCCUCGAGCCUGCGGCCAGCACGUUCCGUCCCGUCCAUUGCAGCGGCUACCGGGACACACUCCCGCCAGACCUCGCUUACCAGCAGCCAGCUCGCUGAGGAGAAGAAAGAAGAGAAGACCUGGAAGGGCAGCAUAGGAUUGCUGCUGGGGAAGGAACACCAUGAACAUACUUCUUCUCCAUUGCUGCCAACGCCACCUGCCUCUGCACUGCCCCCUGUGGCCUCUACCACGUCAGCCAGCAGCGCCCAUGCGAAGACAGGCAGCAAGGACAGCAGUACCCAGACUGACAAGAGCACUGAACUCUUCUGGCCCAACAUGGCCUCCCUCCCCAGCCGCAGCAGGCUGAGCACAACCCCUUCCAACAGCCCUGUCCUGAAACACCCAGCGGCCAAAGGGACCAUGGAGAAACUGGAGAACUCUCCCAGCCACGGGAAGUCACCGGACCACAGAGGCCGUGUCAGUAGCUUGCUGCACAAGCCCGAGUUCCCCGAUGGCGAGAUGAUGGAAGUGCUCAUCUAACUUUGUCGUCCCUGUUGAAUUUCGUACUGCAACACUGGCAAAUCAGAAAAGUGGCAGAGAAGGAGAAGAAAGAUCAAGAAGGUUGUGGAUGGGAAACCAGGAAUGAUGUGAACUGUUAAAGAUUUCAGAGAAAUAAGAAUACUUUUUAUAAAUGUUAAAAACAAACAGGAGACCUACAUGACUGUGGAGAGAAGAGAAUGUUACGAAUUCUCUUGCAUAUAGUGGAAAAGAAGAUGCAUGUAGGUUUGGAAACAGAAGUUAAGAAGAAGUAGGAAAUGGAAUUUUUCAUUGUACAGAAGUUGUAUCUCUUGGGGAGGUUUGGUGUACCUCCUUUCUUGGUUAUAAACAGAUAAACCUAGACAUGGAUCUUCCUUGAAUAACCCCCAUUCUGCUUGCCUCUUAGCAUGUUUCUCUUAAAAAGACUCUCCUAGACAUCUCUAAAGCCCAUUGGCACAACACAGUAUCACCAUGCCAUUGUAAGGUGUCCUGUGGGUGUGGCAGUGAGAAGCAUCCCCCAGGGAUGAAGGGAAAUUUCAGAGGCAGUCUUCACCUCCUGACUUGUCUUGCUUGGGUUUUCAGGAGCUUGUGGGCUUCUUAGCGUUUCUAGAUUUGGUGGUAAUUUCUAAACAGGAUAGGAGUGUUAGGAUCUUGGUCCUUAUCCUCCCUAAAUUCUCUGAGUUUGUCUCUGCUUUACUUUCUUUAAGUUUGCUUUUCUGUCCCUCCUUCCUUUUUUUUCUUUUUAAUAAGACAUUGCAGGGUUCCUUAGGUAUGGGAAUUAGAAGAGCAUUAUCUGAUCUGUUCUCAUUCCUGCUGUGUCAAACAGUGGCCAGUAGAAAAACAUCCCUGCUGGCUUCCUGGCUGGCUUUCAGGUUGGGCUACAGUUGUUACUCCCAGUCUGGCUGCACACUGGGGAGGCUUUCAUGGGUCACCGUCACAAUUUACAUCAAGAUAAUGGCACUGGGUUUUUUUCUCUCACACUUCAGUUCUCUUGUAAAGAGCUUGAUAUUUCUGUUCCCUUACUCUGUUAGGUAAGGUCUUCAAGACAGCACUGUAUGAAAUGGAUGACAGUUUACAAACGAUGACGUGGUGGCAUCUACAAUGGCUCCAGCCCUGUACCAGUUUUUGUAUUUGGGGCUCACAAGUCUCUUCACCACUGUCCUCUAGCCCAUGCACUCCCUGGUGAGCAUGCAGACUUACCAUGUGUGCUUCUCUGUGCUGUGAACUUUCUUUGAAACCUGUCAAGCCAAUAGAUACACGGUAUGAUCAAGCUUCUGAGGUUUCCGUUGUGAGGCAACUUGACCAAAGUGAGACAGAAGUGCCACUGAAAAGAGCCAUGAGUGAAUGAGGUGGUGGGCUUCUUGUCUGCUGUGAUAUUGAGGAGCUAAGCAGGCGUCAGGUGCUCUUUUAGGAUCCUGAAUUUUUCCCCCCAACUCUUUUGGAUCCAUGUUUUCCCAGAUCUCUUCCUUUUUUUGUGCUUCCUUAGGGGAAAAGGAAAGAAAGAAAAAAAAUAGUUCUGAGAAUUUUUUUUCUAAUAUUAGAAAUUGAAUCCAGAACCUUCUCUUUGUUAGGAAAGCAAUCUGCCACUGGGCUAUAUCCCCAGCACUUUUUUAAAUUCUUGAGACAAGGUCUUGCUAAAUUGCCCAAGCUGGCCUACAUGAUGCUUCUGCCUCAGCCUCCUCAAUAGCUGGGAUAACAGGUGUGGGUCACUGUGACCACUUACAUCUAUGACUUUUUAAAGGAACUCUUAAAUGAAAUACUGAAGAGAGCACUACUCGGGAAAUUUCAUUUGGGUAGUUUAUUUCAGGGCUGGUCUUUGGACCGUAACCUGGGUAAAGUUACAGCCUCCCCAAAUUGAAGAGGUAGAAGGAAGAUGAGGUGUAGGAUGCAGAGGGGAGGGAGGAAAUAGGAGGAAAUUGGCCAACAGGGCUUUGAACCACAUGAUGUGACAAGACUAAGUAGGGAUCUACCCACCCUACCUCUGCUGGUCACUGAGCUGCCCACUGGGCUGCCUGCUUGUAACUUCCUCUGGUCUCAGCUUGAGCGUCCAGUGUUCAUACUGCACAGAACAGGAAACCAAGGCAGCACCAAGAGUCUGCACAAUGAUAGCUCGCCCUGGGGUGUGGAAAAAGUUCGCAAGAAGCCUCAUCAGUGGGUCAGGGUUGUUGUGGAUGCCAGAGGGGAUGAACUGGAUGGAUCACAUCUGAUCACUUUGUAUGGGGCACAGGGGAGGUUCAAUUGAUGGCAAAAAAUUCCCUUAAGGACAUUUUGAUCCCAAUUAUUGCUGGAGAUAGACCAGAAAGAAAAUUGUUGAGAGAUGGGAAAGAAAGUCAACUCUGCUAUCCUCCACAUUCAUGUCUGGGCCACCCCAAACUUGGGCUAUCUCCGCAGCCAUAGGAAAGAGUGAGAAUGAUAGCCCAGUUUCUCCCAAAGCAUGGUCUACAUACUCCAGAAACUGCAUCUGCAUGCUUAGGCAUGAGUUUCACUGCCUUGUGUAGGGCCCCUGAAUUCCAAGGUGUCUUCAUUGUCAGCAUACAGAUGGAAACAUGACCAUUCUUUAGGGCUUAAGUUACAAUUGUACUGUUGCUUUUGCCAUUCUUUUUUCUCCUAAUCUAUAAGACUCUUCUGUGAGAAAAGAGAUCCAUCGCUUUCAGAUGUCUUCCUUUAUGGGCUGUCUCCUGCCGAGCAAGAGUCCCAAACAAACGGUUUCAUCUUCAUAGUUUCUUAAAGCCUAACUUGCUUACAGGAAGAAUGGAGUGUAGAUGCCUAGCACCCAUUGUGAGCCCUGGGGAGUCUACAGUUCCUUAUCUCAUUAAAAUUGGAGAAGAAUUAUGCUAGCUGUAUUUUAUAGUGCUGACUAUGCAGGCACUGUGGGAUGUACCUUUUAAUUAGUCCUCAAAGUGCCUGGGGAGCAGGAACAAGUUCAUUAUUCUAAUUGCAGGGAAUCGGGAAUGUGAAGUCCCUUCUCAAAGCCUCACAGCUUAAACUAUAGGGUGCACAGCCUCAAACAAGACCUGCACUACUAUGUCUGGGCUCUCUGACUGUGUAUUUGUGAUGUGUUUGCAACAUAGCAGCAGCAGCAAAAGCAGCCAUACCUCUCAGAACCUAGGAAAUAGGACAAAACCCAGGACUCCUAAAAUUACCCAUCAACAGCAGGCAUGGAUGGAAAUCUUUGUGUUCUGUUACAUUACAGAUACAAAACACAUUUUAAAAAAUAGUUCUGCAUUGUCCAAAGGCCUGGUCUUCUUCAGAACUUCUCAGGGGCAUCUGACCCUAGGACUUGACCACCUCCGUAAAGGGUCAGUGCUUUGGCUCCGAGUAAAGUGUGCCAAAGUAGCGCAGCUUCAUCGUUGAGUGGAUUCUGGUAACAUCUUCAUGCUGCCAGAGUUUUACAUGGUAUAUACGAUGUAGUUGGGAUCAGGCCUAUGACCCUGGAGUUUCAUUAAAUAGAUGGGUUUGUAUGUAAGAAUUAUUACUCUCUGUAGGUCCAAUAGCUAAAGCUACCAGGAAAUGCACAUUUUCCCCAAAUAUCAGCAUGUGUGGAAUACUCCUAGCGUUCUUUUCUUAGUGUUCGUUCUGCUUCCUAGAUGCUGUUGGCCAGGAACAGUGUGGAGGUCAGCAUGUUCUCCCCUUGCCCGGCUCGCUCUUCCCCAGCAUGGUGGGAGACCAAGGAGGUGCAGAACCUUUCUCAUUUCACUUGUUUGAGGGUUUCCAACUCAUGUGUGAGUUUGACUACAAAGCUGGAGUGGGAAUCAAGUUGCUCUAAAUAAGUUCUAAACAUGGAAUAGAGAAUCCAUUGGUUUUGUUGGUCGGGGAAGAGGCCUUCAGAAUGUUCCUGCAGAAAAGCCAGUCAUCAUCCAGUUUGCUCCCACCUGGGGUGCCCUCAGCCACUUGCACUCUGGUGAUGCUGUGGCUGAAACACCUUUAUGCCAAGUACUGAUAGAGAAAUUCUCACCAGCAACUUGCUUAGUCCCAGGAAGCACAAUCGAGCACUGUCCUAAGAGACAGUGAAGGAGCAAUAGGUGUUCAAAAGAUCGAGGCAGGCAGCUAGCUCACAGGUAGGCUAGAGAGAGCUACGCUGAGCAAAAAAGAUGUGAUGUCCAAAACGAAGUCUUGCUUCCUUUCUGCUCUGGAGCAAGUACAGCGAGCAUGUUUCUCUGUGCUCUGUGAAUGAUCUUGCAUAUUUUUGAAGGAAAGGAGUCUCAAGGCUAUUGAAAGUGUGAUUUCACAAAUGUUCUUAAAUGCUGAAGGCUUUCAGAAGACAGAGAGUAUCCACCCCACCAGUUACUUCUCCACAUCCCCAAACCUGGGGUGGUGAUGGUGUAUGCUUUACAAAUGUUGGCUUUCUUUUCUUUUUUUCUUGCUCAUCAAUUGGUGUGUUUAAAAUGUCUUCACUUGAUGUGAGGAUCACUUGCUAUGUUUGCUUUUGAUAUGUGGCUCCAUGGGAGAUGGGCAAAGGAAUUAAGUUACCAGAAGCUGGUCAGCUGAGAGGAUACAAAGGUCAGUGUUGGACUAAAGAGCAUAUUUUUCUCUCCUUGUAAGUAGUAUGCCUUCUUCUCAUUUAUUAAUUUCCUGAUAUAUUAAGAUGUAUAUAUGUGAAUGCAUACAUGUGAGAUAUGACUAAGGGUUGUGCAUAGAAUUUUUUAAUAUCCAGAAAACCCAAGUUUUAGAUCAUAAUGUGGGUAGGUGAUCUCCCUUUGGGAAACCAUGUACUGCGUACUUCAGCUGGCCCAAGUAAUUAAAAGAAAAUUAUGGAAUUCCUUUAUUAGAGUGGCUUUUAGGGUCUGACAUGUUCCUUUAAUCUCCCCAGAAAAGUGAGAAAUCUUUAUCUUUUAAAGAUGGUUUUAUAGCCAGGUGUGUUAUCACAUGCCUAUAUUCCCAGCACUCCGGAACUUGAGGCAGGAGGAUCACCACAAGUUCAAGGCCAACC